CUAUUUAUAUACUUAUUAUAACUCAAAUUUUAAGAUGCUCGCAAAAGCCCAAACCCUUUCACCUUCAGCCUUCAGCCUUCAUGUGAGCUCCAAAACCUCUGUAUCAAAUGACCGCUUCUAAAGCCAAAACCCUUAGCUCCUUAUUUAAAACCGCCGUUAAAAAGGCCACUAAAGAGUCCUCCUCUUUACCCUCCGGUGACAAACCCCUAAAACAGUUCGUCUUGUCGCUUGACACCUCAUCAGCCCCAUCCUCAUCCCCAUCCACAUCAUCCGGUUCAUUCAGAAUACGUUCACCUCAACCUACCAAGAAUCCCGCCAAUGAUGGUAGCCUUCACAGCUGGUUGCUACAACCUGCUUCAGCUUCUGAGAAUUCAAUCGGGGGGUUCACAGAUGAGCUACAUUCUAUAUUAUGUACUGGUCCUGCAGAAAGUUCAAAGGAUAUCGAAAAAAUGAUGGAUAAUGGGAGUUCUUUAGGGAGAGUAUUAAACAUACCCUGGCUUUCAAAUGCGUCUAACUAUAACAUAUCCUUUAGGAGGAAAGAACUUUCACGUGAAAGGAAGCAGAAAUGGGUGUUCAAGAAAACCCAGUCUGGUCGAUUUAAUCGGUUAAUAAAGAUGUGUGGAGAUAAAUUGGGCACAAAAGCUACUAUAGAGUUUUUUGAUAAAAUGGGAAGAGAUACUGGUUUGAAAGAGUACAAUGCUCUAAUAGCAGUUUGCCUGGAGAAGGCUAGGACCAGCAAUGAUGAAGAUGAUGCUUUAGAACAUAUGUCUGAGGCUUUUAAGACUUUUAAGAAAAUGAGGGAACGGGGAUUUCAGGUAGAGGAGGGCACAUACGGUCCAUUCCUUAUGUAUUUUAUUGACAUGGGUAUGGUAGAAGAGUUCUUUUUUUUCUGUGGACCUAUCAAAGAAGGGAAUCCGAGUUCUGUUACUAGGUUAGGUUACUAUGAGAUGCUGUUGUGGAUAGGAGUCAAUAAUGAAGAAAAGAUCCAAGAACUUUGUAAUUGUAUUGUAGCUGCCGAUGAGGAAGAUGAUUUUAAAUUAAAAGAAAAUUAUUUGUUAGCACUUUGUGAAAGUGGAAGGAAGGACAUCAUGCAACUUUUAGAGGUUAUUGAUAUAACAAGAAUUUCAUCUGUGAACGUAGCUGCAAAUAUAUUUGAAUCAUUGGGGAGGCUAUCAUUUGAUUCAUUUGCUGAGAAAUUCCUUUGGACGUUAAAAAACAAUGAUUACAAAAUGGCUGAUAUCUCAAGGGUCAUCUUUAGUUAUGUCAGUGCCAUUCCUAAUUUAGCGGUUGAGGAUUUGUUUUUGAAAUUCAAAAGCUUGCACAUGAAAUUCGAGAUAACACCUUCAUCCGCAUCAUAUGAGAAGCUUAUUACCUAUUGCUGUGAUUUACACAAGGUACAUUUUGCUCUUGACAUAGUUGACCAGAUGUGUGAAGAGGGUUUGAGCUUGUCUAUAGAGAUGCUACAUAGCAUAUUGCAUGCUAGUGAAGAAAAUUAUGAGUAUAAUUUGGUUCGGCGAAUUUAUUCUUUGAUUGGCUGCCAUAAUGUGAAGCCCACCAGGGAGACUUUCAGGAGUAUGAUAAAUUUGUCCGUGAAAAUGAAAGAUUUCAACGGAGCAUAUGCAAUGCUUGAUGACUUGAAGAAAUUAAAUAUCCCACCCACAUCUACUAUCUAUAAUACUAUACUUGCAGGAUACUUUCGAGAGAGCAACAUUAGUGGUGCCAUGAUGGUACUCAAGCAAAUGGAAAGUGAAGAUGUAAAACCAGAUUCUCAUACUUAUAGCUAUCUAAUAGCCAACUGCAAUUGUGAAGAGGAUAUUACAAAGUACUACAAAGCAAUGAUGGCUGCUGGAAUUCAAGUCACAAAGCAUAUUUUUAUGGCACUUAUAAAUGCAUAUACAGCUUGUGGGCAAAUUGAGAAGGCAAAACAGGUAGUCUUAGACAAAGGGAUACCUUUUAAUAGCCUGAACGAGAUCAAAGGUGCACUUGCAUCAGCCCUUGCUUGUAGUGGGAUGAUGCCUGAUGCAUUAAAUAUUUACAAGGAAAUCAAGCAAAAUGGGGGCACUUUGGAGCCUAAACCUGUUAUCUCUCUCAUUGAGCAUUUUACUUCUGAGGGAGAUGUGAAUAUAUUAGUUCAACUAUUGGAGGAAUUACAUGAUCCAGACUAUUGGUUUGAUGGCUGUUGCAGAGCAGUUGUACAUUGUGUUACAAAUAAGCACUUAAGAUUGGCUCUUGAAUUGCUCAAGCAGCUUAAGGUUGAGUUUCAUAAGGAUGAUUUGGCUUUGGAUGCUGUUUUCGACGAGGUAUUCAGUGUAAUUGCAGAGAGGCAGCCAAACGAUUUACAGAUUGGCCUGGCUUUGCUUCAAGCCAUGAAGGACGAAAUAGGCCUUACUCCUUCUCGUAAAAGUCUUGAUUUUCUCCUUGCUUCUUGCGUAAACGCUAAAGAUUUACAGAGCUCUCUUCUAAUUUGGAGAGAAUACCAGGCAGCUGGCCUUCAUUGCAACGUUUUAACAUUCCUGAGGAUGUAUCAAGCCCUUUUGGCUUCAGGGGAUCCCAAGUCUGCAAAGACUUUGCUGACUAAAAUUCCAACAGAGGAUCCGCAUGUUCGAUGCAUUAUCAAGGCAUGUCAAAUGACUUACGUUCAGUCUACCUCGAGCAAGAUGAAGAAGCAGAAGGUACAGAAGAAGAAUAAAACUUGGAAUACAACCCCCAUGAAAUAGUUAGUAAAAGCAUGAAGAACCUAGAGGAAUGGAUGAUUAGGUCUCUGAGUUAAAUCUGUAAACCAUGCCCUUGAUUAAGGGCAUUGCACACAAACGAAAUCCUUGAUUAAUGCCAUUGAUAUGGAUGCUCAAAUAUUAAAGGUUUUAGCAACAAAUUGAAGCAAUGAAAAACCUUACUUCGGAAGCAUGGAAAA